UAUUACAUCAAUACUUUAUUAAUUUUUUUUUAUGCAUUUUUUGUUUACCCCGCCCCCAAUAACUUUGUAUCCUGGAUCCGCCACUGGGAACCCUGACCCUUGUCACUGGCACUGUUUCUGGGGAACAGGCCACUGGUUCCGGCCCUGCUCAGGACGUCCCCACAUCUCGGUUGCUAUUCCCGUAGGCGCCGAGAAAUAGAGAAGGAAGAGGCCCCACACUGCUACUUCUGGCCCUGCAGAUGAUGACACCAGACUAACCCCCUUGGGCGUCCGGCCAUAGAGUGUUGGAGGGAAUUCGCCCUCCACUCGGGGAUUGAGCUGCUCCCCCGUCCAUCCCCUGCUGACAUCAAUAAUGCAUUGAUGACGUGCUUCCAAACUGGCCUUUACAUACUGCAGUCGGAGACCGCCAGGGAUCGGGAUGCCCUCGAGGCCAAGCACCAGGCCGAUGAAGCCCUUAGGGUAGCGCAAGAUGCCGCUCGGCAAGAAAGAGAGGUUGCUGCUCGGAGGGGAGCAGAGCUCCAGGCCGCAUUGGAUACGACCUUUGGGAAGCUUUCCGUUGCUGAGAGGCACGAUUUUGCUUUUACCCCUGUUCCCUUGCCGCCGAGGCGGGGCCCAGUGCGAACGUGGUUCCCCUGGUGUGGGAGUUGGUCAUCUCCGGCUAUGAGUAGUCGGCAGGAUUCAUGGUCACAGCUCGGUGCUACGCACGGGGCGCUGUCGGGGAUUGUUUUGAAGAAGAGCUACAACAGCAGACGAGGAAAGCUCGUCUCGACCAUGGGGUGGAGCUUCUGAAGUGUACUCCGCUCGGCCACAAAUUUCUGCUCAGUCUGGCAGCUGAUAGCUCUGCUAAGGGCUACUACGACGUAGUGGAGUGUAUGAUGCUGCUCCUUAUCAAAGGCUACUGGGGACGGUUGUAAUAACCUGAAAAUUUGAGAGAAUUUGGGAAAUAAUUAAAAUUGUGUUUCAUAUUGUUUACACGGUCUUUAGGUCGUUUAUUAUGUUUUGUUUAGUGUUUGGGACAGAGGGGAGGUCCAAAUGGGGAAGAAACGGGGCAAAAACUAAGGUUUGGAGCGUCUAGGGGUCACACACGGCGUGCGUGGAAGGUACGCACGCGUGCGUUCCUGUUGUAUCCUAAUGCAACUCAAACUUCGGAAAUUCACUAUAAAUACAUCCCUAAUCCGAUUUUCCUCAUUCCAAAAACCCUAGGACCGCCUCUUCAAGCUCUAUCCCUUCCAGCUCUUCAAUAUUAACGUAUCCAGCACGAAAUUUUAUGCCAAUGAUGAGAUCAAACAAUCCAAUAUUCCGGUAAGUGCGUUUGUUGCCUAAUUCGCGUCGUUCAUCCGUUUCCUAAAUUUCCUUCUCCUAAAUUGAGAUCCUUCGAACCUAUCACUUCCUAGGUACGUGAGAAUGAUCCAUCAAACUAGGUUUGACGUUUAGGAUUCGUUGCUAGCCUCGAGGUAAGGACUAUUGCAACCAAAAUUACUAUUUUGCCUCUAUAUUGUAUAAACUAGGGUUUGUGCUAUGAUUUGAGUUUCUUUCUGAAAUUUUAUGGAUAAUUCGGCUAUCAUAGUAUGAG